AUGAGCGAUCUAAACCACGCGCUCACAUCGACCAACAAGACACUCUUUGUUGAGGAUUUCAAUUCUCACGAGAAAGAGAACGACGAUUUUGCCAUGAAUGUUCUCUCGCCCUCUGGAACCGCUUCGUUUGCCGAGACCGAUCGCAUCGAGACCAAGUCGAAUACCGAAGAGUCCAAAAAUAUUCUUCCCACCUUGCCAGUUGUUGCCGCCCCAGAUACCGCCGGAUACCCUGAAUCGGACACGAUCGAUGAGAUAAUGGUGGAGCUGCGUCUCGAUGAUCCCGAUCAUGUCAUUGGGGAAGCUCAGGCCGAUCGUGACUCAUCUACCGCGCCAUCGAGAUCUGGAACCCCAGUUCAGCCCAACUCCGUCCCUCACUCGGCCCAUUCAUCAGCUCUCACUUCGCGCUCGCAGAGUCUCGACUCUGUCGCCAGCACGAUUUCGGAGAAGUUCCACUGGAACGCCAGUUUCCAAGCGCUGAUGGACGCCCAACUUGACAAGGUAGCCGGUUACAUCAUUCAUGCAAAUUCUGGCAUGAAACACGCUUUCUCGGUUGACUGCCUCUACGGCGAAGAUGAGAACUAUGCCGCUGAUGAGCUUAAUAGCAAGCAUGCGGAGGAGAAGCAGGAGGAGGGGGAGUCGCUUGUGACUCCCACCAAGGAGAACCCGAAACCGGCGGUCAAGCGUGUCAUCAGAUUCACGGUGGUCAGAUUUGAUAACUAG